AAACACAACGAAAUAUUAUUAACAUGUAUAAAUAGCACCCUGCACCGCGGUUGCAUAGUGGCUGCAAUCGCUGCAUUAUUGCACAGUUGACAUUGUACAUGUUUAACACACAAAGAAAGCAACUAAACAGGAACAACCUACCACUGCCGUGAACUUGGCAGUGAACACGGCGGCAAAACUGCAUAGGCGAACCGUGACAGGUUCGGCGGUUUAUCAUCCGGGUCUCUUGCUUGCAUGUUUGACGCGAGGUCUGCACCGGAAGUCACCAUGACACCUCUAUCGGACAAGGCAGAGCUGGUUACCAAUGAAGCUCCUAUGGAUGGCUGUACAGAUUGCCAUGACAAAAAGCCUGCUCUCGUCAAUAGGCGAGGCCUGACGAUCAUCACCGCUGCAGUGUUCAUUGUUGGGGAGAUGGCAGGCGGUGGUAUCCUGUCACUUCCCGCUGCACUCAAAUCCGCAGGUUGGAGCGGGAUAAUGCUGCUGCUCUUCUGCGCUUUUCUCUCGGCUUAUACUGGCGUCAUCCUGGGCCGAUCCUGGCAAAUCCUAAAAGACAGAUUUCCCUUUUACCGGGAACAUAUCAGGUACCCCUACCCGGCCAUCGGUUUUGAAGCAAUGGGGAAAGCAGGCAGGAUCGCUGUCACCAUCUGCGUCAAUGUGACCCUCUUCAGCGUGACCACCGUGUUUCUUUUGGUCGCCUCGGACCUCUUCGGGGGUCUCCUAGUAAAGGUACAUGUCCACGUAUCCUCGUGUGUUUGGAUCCCCAUCUUUGCCAUCGGCCUUUGCCCGUUGACUUGGCUCGGGACGCCCAAAGACUUUUGGCCGAUUGCAGCAGGUGCUGCGGUCUCAACCGGCGUGGCGUGUGUUCUCAUCGUUGUCCAGGAGAUAGUGGACAUCGGUUCAGUCCCUGACGUCCAGCAUCCCAGCCCGACCUUCCAGAGUUUCUUCACGGCCUUCGGCGCCAUCUUGUUCGCCUUCGGUGGUCACGCCAUCUUCCCGACCGUUCAACACGACAUGAAGGAUACCAGGAAAUUCCACUGGACCGUGCUGGUUGCUUACACAAUUGUGGUUUUAUACUAUCUGCCAGUGUCAGUGGGUGGAUAUGUGGUCUACGGGGACCAGCUCGAACCCAACAUCCUCGACACACUGACGGGAGGAACAAUCACGACCAUCGUGAUUGUCAUGAUCAUGCUACAUCUCACCAUGGGUGUCAUCAUCGUCAUCAAUCCCUUCUGCCAGGAGAUCGAAGAACUCCUCAAGAUACCACUUAGAUUUGGCUGGAAGCGGAUCGUUCUGCGCACCGUUGUGAUGGCCGCAGUGGUAUUUCUUGCUGAGACCAUUCCCAAAUUCAGCGUCAUCUUGAAUCUGAUCGGGGGCACCACGGUGACCUUGCUGACCUUUGUUUUCCCCUCGCUGUUCUACGUGCUGCUCCGCAUCAGGCCCAGCCCGGACGGCGCCUGGUGUCCCAAGAACAUAGCAAUUUGGGAGUACAUCCUCCAUGCUGAAAUCAUACUGGUAGGUUUGGUGGGUGGAGUGGCGUCCACGUACAGUGAGAUAUAUGAAAUUGCAACAGCUGAAGGCCCCACACUGUCCUUGCCAUGCUAUGUCGUCCGAAAUGGCACGGCGGGAUAGGUUGACCUGGUGGUAGACGAGGAGAGUCUUUUUUGCUUUAUUUUUGUUUGUGUCCCUUUAAAGCCGACACAUGGAUUGGAAAUCCAAAAUAACCUCCGCAUGUGAUGUUAUUAAUUGUGAUGAUUGAAUGCCGUGUGUGAAUCAGGCUUGUGACUUUGUUUGCCAUUGACAAUCCAAAGCUGUAUCCAAAAACUCAGACACUUUAAAGGUAGGGUAGGCCUAUAUCAUAUGUCAUUGGUGCCUUUUUUUGACGGUAACAAAAGUGCUUAAAAUCU